AUGAGUGCGAGUGAGAAUCACAUUGCAGUAGAAAAACCACCGGAGGUGAAGUCUCUGGAGGCGUUUAUCGGUGGUUCGUUCCCGGAGACUCUCUCGAAACUAUCUUCCGCUUCUCUUCUAAUUCCGGCGAAAGAAGAUUUUCAUUUCUUAUACAAUUUCGACGAGUUCAAGCGUCCGAUCGACGAGAUAGCCCGGAGCUCGCAGUCUUGUCUCGAGACCAUCGGGAAAUCGAUGACAUUACCAGGAGGCAUGGAUGGUGGUGGUGGUAGUGGUGGUGAUGACUGGCUUGUCAAGGUGAAUGAUGAGAUUCUCGAGAGAGUUGAUGCUUCGUUGGAUGAGCACAAAACUGGUGUGGAUUCGGAGAGUGUGGAGAAGAAGGAGAAGAACGAAAUUGCUGAGCCCAAAGUUGAUGCUUCCUUGGAUGAGCACAAAAUUGGCGUGGUCUCGGAGGAUGUGAAGAUGAAGAAGAAGAUCGAAAUUGCUGAUGAGCCCAAAGUUGAUGUUCAGGAGGCAAAGGUUCCAUUCCAUGUAGCGACGAUAAGGAAGCCGCAAGAGGAGUAUCUGAUUAUGGUGAACAACGCUAAUGUUCCAUUUGAGCAUUUUUUGCUGGAGAGGAGUGAGGAUAAUCUCCGGUUUAUUCAUCCACUGGAGAAGUUUUCAGUGAGGGACUUUGUUGAUAAAGAUGUAGGAGAGGUGAAUCCUGUUAAGCCUCUACCAUUGGAAGAGACUCCAUUCAAGCUUGUUGAAGAAGUCAAUGAUCUGAAGGAGUUAGCUGAUAAAUUGCGUAGCGUUGAUGAGUUUGCUGUUGAUCUGGAGCAUAAUCAGUAUAGAUCUUUUCAAGGAUUAACAUGCCUGAUGCAAAUCUCGACCAGAUCCGAGGAUUUUGUAAUUGAUACGUUCAAGCUUUGGGAUCAUAUUGGUCCUUACCUCAGGGAAUUCUUCAAAGAUCCUACAAAGAAAAAGGUAAUGCAUGGAGCUGAUCGAGAUGUCAUUUGGCUUCAACGGGACUUUGGCAUUUAUGUCUGCAACCUCUUUGACUCAGGACAGGCCUCAAGGGUGCUUAAGCUGGAGAGAUAUAGUCUGGAAUUUCUCCUGAAGCAAAUUUGUGGAGUUGCUGCAAACAAACAAUACCAAAAUGCAGACUGGAGAAUCCGACCCUUACCAGAUGUAAUGACAAGAUAUGCUAGAGAAGAUACACACUAUCUUUUGUACAUUUAUGAUGUAAUGCGUCAAGAUUUGCACGCAAUGGCAAAGGAAGACGAGCAAUCUGUCGCUCCUCUGGUAGAGGUUUACAAGCGCAGCUAUGAUGUGUGCAUGCAGCUAUAUGAGAAAGAGCUUUUCACUGUGAAUUCAUAUCUUCACCUUUAUGGGGUUAUGGCAGCUAACUUCAAUGCGGUUCAACUUUCCAUUGUUGCGGGGCUUUAUGAAUGGCGGGAUCGGAUUGCACGUGGAGAUGACGAGAGCACCGGUUAUGUAUUGCCGAAUAAAACUCUUCUUGAUAUAGCGAGGGAAAUGCCAUUUAAUGUUGGCAGCUUGCGACGGUCGUUGAAGUCAAAGCUUCCUUACGUCGACCGUAAUCUUGACGCGUUUCUCACUGUCAUCAGACGAUCAAUGCGAAGUGCAGCUGCGUUUGAGCCAGUUGUUCAAUCACUAAUAGAGUCCCAACGUGGAACCGUGGCUGAGAAGAAUAUGGAAACGACAGUUGAGGAAGCAGGCACCAGCAGCACAGGCUUGUUAGGCUCAGGAAAGGUCUCUGUGGAUCUUUCAAAGAUACCAACCGUUGGUUUCGGAGGUUUAUUACCUUCAAAGAGAAAGUUUGAAAGUGAGAACAAGGCAGAUGAAGAGGGCAAAGUGUCCAAGCCAAAGCCAGAUAAGGGAAUUAUAGUGGUUGAUGAUGAUGAAGAAAGCAAUGAUGCUGCGGAUAGAGUUUCAGAAAGGCCUGACAAGGGAAAGGGUAUAUCAAUGACUCCUACAAAGCCGAAGAGGACAAUUGGUCCGGAGGAUUUUAUAAUUGUAGAAGAUACUUCAGAGGAUGAGUAUACCUCAGAGUCAGAUUCAGAUGAUGAUGAUUCUCACGAUGAUGGUGAUGGCUCAGACGAUGGAGAUGGUAAGGAAGGGGAUGAUGAUAAAGGGACGAGUAUGAGAAGAGAGAAGGGGGGAUUCAUGGGCAUGGGAUCAGGCUUUUCCAACGAUUGGGCGUUCAAUUAG